GUGUGUCUGUGUGUGUGUUUCCAAGGCAACCUUCAAAGGCUGGAUGGACAUCAUGUACGCAGCGGUGGACUCCCGAGCUGUGGAGGAGCAGCCCAUCAAAGAGAUUAAUCUCUACAUGUACCUGUACUUCGUCAUCUUCAUCAUAUUCGGCUCCUUCUUCACCCUCAACCUCUUCAUCGGCGUCAUCAUCGACAACUUCAACCAGCAGAAGAGAAAGUUAGGAGGACAGGACAUCUUCAUGACGGAGGAGCAAAAGAAGUACUACAACGCCAUGAAGAAGCUGGGCUCCAAGAAACCCCAGAAACCCAUCCCCAGACCGCUGAACCCUCUGCAGGGCUUUUUCUUCGACCUGGUGGGGAAGCAGGCCUUCGACAUCAUCAUCAUGGUGCUGAUCCUGCUCAACAUGAUCACCAUGAUGGUGGAGACGGACGAGCAGUCGCCCCAGAUGGAGUACAUCCUCAACAACAUCAACCUGGCCUUCAUCGUGGUCUUCACCGCAGAGUGCCUCAUCAAGAUCAUGGCGCUCCGCUGCUACUUCUUCACCGUGGGCUGGAACAUCUUCGACUUCGUAGUCGUCAUCCUCUCCAUCGUCGGGAUCGUGCUCGCUGACAUCAUUGAGAAGUACUUUGUUUCGCCCACGCUCUUCCGAGUGAUCCGAUUGGCUCGCAUUGGACGUAUUCUGCGUCUCAUCAGGGGCGCCAAGGGCAUCCGGACGUUACUGUUUGCCCUCAUGAUGUCCCUCCCGGCCCUCUUCAACAUCGGACUCCUCCUGUUCCUCGUCAUGUUCAUCUACGCCAUAUUCGGCAUGGCGAACUUCGCCUACGUGAAGCGCCAGGCGGGGAUCGACGACAUGUUCAACUUCGAGACGUUCGGGAACAGCAUGAUCUGCCUGUUCCAGAUCACCACCUCGGCCGGGUGGGACAGCCUGCUCAGCCCCAUCCUCAACAACUCCCCCGAGGAGUGUAACCCCAACAUCCCGCACACCGGCACCACCGUCAGGGGCAACUGCGGGAACCCGUCGGUGGGCAUCACCUUCUUCGUCACCUACAUCAUCAUCUCCUUCCUCAUCGUGGUCAACAUGUACAUCGCCAUCAUUCUGGAGAACUUCAGCGUGGCCACGGAGGAGAGCACCGAGCCGCUAAGCGAGGACGACUUCGAGAUGUUCUACGAGGUGUGGGAGAAGUUUGACCCCGAGGCCACGCAGUUCAUCGAGUACGCCAAACUGUCCGACUUCGCCGACUCGCUGCUGGAGCCGCUGCGUAUCGCCAAGCCCAACAAGAUCAAACUGAUAUCCAUGGACCUGCCAAUGGUCAGCGGCGACAAAAUCCACUGCCUGGACAUCCUCUUCGCCUUCACCAAGCGCGUCCUGGGCGAGUCGGGCGAGAUGGACGCCCUCAAGCAGCAGAUGGAGGAGAAGUUCAUGAUGGCCAACCCGUCCAAGAUCUCCUACGAGCCCAUCACCACCACUCUGAGGCGCAAACAGGAGGAGGUCUCCGCCACCGUCAUCCAGAGGUGCUACCGGAGACACCUGGUGAGGCGGCAGAUGAAGGCUGCCUCCUACAUGUACCGCCAGAUCACCACGCCCAGACACGUCACGAGCGACGCUGAGGAGGGCGAGAAAGAAGGCCUGAUCGCCGCCAUGAUGAGGGAGAACUACGGCUCCAGCCUUCUGGGGAUGGAGCGCUCGGAAACUAUUUCCUCCACCUCGUCCCCGCCCUCCUACGACAGCGUGACGCGAGCCACGUCGGAGGUCUUUCACCCGCUCGCCGCCAAGACGGAAACGGCCAAUGACACUGCCGGCAGCGAGCUGAGUGAACAGUUACAGUCCGCGGCCGAUAAAAUUGACGAAGAGGCGGUUCCGUAG